AUGGCGGGAAAGAAGAUCAUCGCCGUGUUCGGAGCCACGGGUCAACAGGGCGGUUCAGUGGUUGACAUUUUCCUGAAUGACCCGAAGCUUAAGAACGAGUGGUCUGUGCGCGCUGUUACCCGAGACAUCACUAAAGAAUCUGCUAAAAAGCUCGCGGCACAAGGCGCCGAGGUUGUCCAGGCCGACCUGUCAGACAAGAAGACAUUGGGCAAUGCCAUCUUCGGCGCUGAAGCCGUGUUUGCUGUGACGAAUUACUGGGAGGCGAUGGACGCCGAACUUGAAGUGAAGCAGGGAAAGGACAUUGUUGAUGCCGCAAAGGAGGCUGGCACUAAACUCUUUAUUUGGAGCUCGCUUUACGAUGUCAAGAAAUGCACUGGCAAGCUUCCUCACGUUUACCACUUCGACAGCAAGGCCGCAGUUGAGGAGUAUGCCCGUUCUCUGGGUAUCCCGGCCGUCUACUUCAUGCCCGGCUUCUAUAUGUCCAACCUCCCUGGCCAGAUGUUACGUGCCAGCCCUCCUGAUAAUACCUGGACGUUAGCACUCCCCAUGCCCGAGAGCGCGCCUAUCCCGAUGUUCGACAUUUCCGACACAGGGAAAGUCGUCAAGUCGAUCGCGCUCAACAGGGAGAAGGUGUUGGGCAAGCGUGUCCUCGGCGCCUUUAAAUACAUGACGCCGAAAGAGAUUCUCGAAGGGUUCAAGUCGGUCUAUUCCGAGGCCGGGAAGACCGCGACGUUCUUCUCCACUCCUCACGACGCCUACACUGAUGCGCUCAAAGGCAUGGGCAUGCCGGAGUUCGCGGCUAUAGAGUUGCUGGAGAACAUGCGUCUUAUGGAUGAGGGCGGAUAUUACGGUGGCGAGUCGCUGGAUGAGAGCCAUGCUCUCCUUGACGAUCCGCUGACAACCUGGGAGGAGUUCAUGAAGAAGUCUCCUCUGUUUAGUGAAUUGAAGAGUGAUGAAUAG